AUGUCGAUCAGGGUGGAGGACUUUGCUCAGGCGUCCUCGUCUGAUCUAGCCGCCAUCGUCACCUUCCCGCCGACCGGGUCGGUUGCGCCUGCUCUCGCGACGUUCAGCGUCCCGUCCGACCAGGGGCGGGACGCCGCGGCGCAGGCGCUCGUGUCGGUCUCUGAGCCUCCAGCCAGUCCAGCCGCGCUCGUCGCGGCCGAGGGCAAGGCGCGCGCACCCAAACGGGUGCGCACCGACGCCGACAAGAGGCACAAGUGCCAGCACUGCAACUCGACGUUUGCGUGGCCGUCGGAGCUCGCGCGGCACUGCUCGUUUGCGUGCGCGGACCCGAGCUACCUCGCGGUGCACAAGCGACGCCACCAGGGCGAGCCGUACAAGUGCGACGUGUGCAGCUAUGCGACCGCAGACGCCAGCAACCUCACCCGUCACAAGCGGGUACACUCGGGCGUCAAGCCGUACAAGUGCGACGUGUGCGACGCCGCCUUCAAGCAGCCCGCCCACCUCAACUCGCACAAGCGGAUCCACACGGGCGAGAAGCCCUUCAAGUGCGACCAGUGCGGCUACGCCACCGCCUACCGCGGCGAGCUCACGCGACACAUGAAGACGCGACAUGGGCCCGCCAGCCCCGCGCAGCAGCAGCAGCAGCAGCAGCAGCAGCAGCAACUGGCCACCGCCGCCGCGGUGGCCGUCGCCGCGGUGAGCGCCGGCCAGCCGGCCGCACUGGCGACCGCCACGCCCGCCAUGGAGGCCAUGGAGAUCGCGGCUGCGCCCCCGAGCUGAUUCUUGCUGUGACACGCCCGACCGGCGGAGUCCCUCUUGCUGUGACACGCCCGACCGGCUCCACCGCGGACCGCGCUGCUCUCUCUCCCUCGAACACACGGGCACACACACACACAUACACGGUGCUCGGGCCCAAGGCCUGAGCCGCCGAGCCGCGCACUUUCAUUUUGUUUUAUUUCUUUUUCAUCGGU